UGCUGAAUCAAAACAAUGGCCGACUGGCGCUAGCUAACGUUACGUUACAAAAAAAACAAACAUGAAUGCUAGUUUCAACUGUAGUUAAACAGGUGCGCAUUGUUUUUUAAAGACGAUGUCAGUGUUAUGAGCAAAUUAUUCACUAGGUGUACUUUACGAGCAAGAAGCUAGCUGUUUGCGGCCUGCUUUGAGCGUCGCCAUGAGUGAUGUUGUCGAGAAGACUCUGUCUGCUCUCCCGAGCCUCCUUUCGCUAGAUACGCAGGCAGGAGCUGGGAAACUUUCUCCCUCCUCCAAAUUAGGGAAUCUGAUCAAAGGAAUCACCGAAUUGACAUCCAAACAUGAGGAGGAAAAACUUAUUAAAAAGGAACUGGAGUCUAUCAAGGAGCAGGUAGCGUCUCCCAACACCACCAUGCGUCAGAUGAAGGAAAUAAUGGUGAGAGCCAUCUACUGUGAGAUGCUGGGUUACCAGGCGUCCUUCAGUUACAUUCACGCCAUCAAGCUGGCCCAGCAGGGCAGUGUCCUGGAGAAGAGAGUGGGUUACCUCGCUGUAUCCUUGUUCCUUAAUGAAACCGAUGAGUUUCUGCUACUCCUGGUGAACACAGUCCUAAAGGAUCUGCAGAGUACCAACCUGAUCGAGGUGUGCAUGGCUCUAACUGUCGUCAGUCAGAUGUUUCCCAAAGAUAUGAUACCUGCCAUUCUACCGGUGGUGGAGGAGAAACUCACACAUCCAAAGGAGAUCAUCCGGAGGAAAGCAGUCCUGGCUCUGUACAAGUUCUACCUGAUCGCACCUAACCAGGUGCAACACAUCCACAGCAAGUUUAGGAAGGCCCUGUGUGACAAAGACCCCGGAGUCAUGACAGCCUCUCUACACAUCUACCUACAGCUCAUCAAGGAGAACCCAGAGAGUUAUAAGGAUCUGACCGGGAGCAUGGUGACCAUCCUGAGGCAGGUGGUUGGAGGUAAACUCCCUCUGGACUUCAACUAUCACAGUGUUCCUGCUCCCUGGCUUCAGAUACAGCUGCUCAGGAUACUGGCCUACCUGGGGAAGGAAGACCAGGGCACUAGUGAGAUGAUGUAUGAUGUACUGGAGGAGUCGUUAAGAAGAGCAGAGAUGAAUCACAACAUUACUUACGCCAUUUUAUUUGAAUGUGUGAAGACCAUCUAUACAGUUCAUCCAAAGUCACAACUGUUGGAGAAAGCAGCAGAAUGUAUCGGGAACUUUGUCCUAUCGCCUAAGAUCAACCUCAAAUAUCUGGGUCUGAAGGCUCUGACGUACGUGGUGCAGCAGGAUGCUAACCUGGCCCUGCCUCACCAGAUGACCAUCAUAGAGUGUCUGGACCACUCUGAUGUCAUCAUUAAGCGCGAGACACUAGAGUUACUCUUCCGCAUCACCAAUGCCCAGAACGUUACAGUGAUCGUCGAGAAGAUGCUUGAGUUCCUCAGGCUGACCUGUGACGACUACAGCACUAUAGACCUCGUGGGGAAAGUAGCAGAACUAGCUGAAAAGUAUGCCCCAGACAAUGUCUGGUUCAUCCAGACUAUGAACUCUGUGUUCUCUCUGGGGGGAGACGUGAUGCAGCCUGACAUCCCUAACAACUUCCUGAGACUACUGGCUGAAGGUGUUGAUAAUGUGGAGGACAGGCAGCUGAGGCUAUUUGCUGUGGACUCCUACGUGUCCUUACUACAGGGGGAGACGGCCAAGCUGCCCCAACGCUUCCUACAGGUCAUCAGCUGGGUGCUGGGUGAGUAUUCCUACCUGAGAGAGGAGGAAUCAGACCCGGGCAGCGUGAUGAGACUGCUGGCCAGACUACUGGACCAGAGACACACCUCCACUGAGACCAGGAGCUGGGUACUGGGGGCCAUGACCAAGCUGUGCUCCAGCCCAGUGUCUGUGGCCCUGGCCAGGGAUGUGUGUGAGAGGUACUCUGGGUCUCUGAAUACGGUGCUCCGGCAAAAGGCCCAGGAACUGAUGAUCCUUAGCCAGGAUACAAAGCUCAGAGCCAGGGUACUGCCAGCCGAGAGCAGGCUAGAAAGCCUGGAGGUAGACUCGUCCCUGUCCUUCCUGGAUGGCUAUGUGUCGGAGGCGUUGGCUGCUGGGGCAGCUCCUUACAAAUCUCCUCAUCAGAGGCAGGAGGACCUGGUCCAGGAGAAAGCUCUGAGCCUGGAGCCCUAUGGUCUGUCCCUGCCGGUCAGUCUGUCGUCCUGCAGCAUCACAGACAGACUGUCUCCUACUCUGCUCUCCAUGAGCUCCGGCCUGUCUGGAAACAGCACUGAGCUAUCUCACCAAGAAGGCUCUACCACUCUGAAGUUGGAGGGGGUGAAGAGGGUGUGGGGGAAGGACGGGUACCUGGCCCAGCAGCAGAGUGCAUGUGAGACCCCAACCCCCCUAGUGGAGCUGCCCAGUCCCCUGCUGUCCCCUCAGACCCCACCCUCCCAGACACAGAAACCCUCCUCUGGACUUGAGCCUGACCAGGAGAAACGGCAGCUGGCCUCGUCGCUCUUUGUUGGCCUGGGGUCCCACAACUCUGUGUGUCUGAUGGGCCGAGUCGAGACGGCGCCCCGACACUUCAGAAGGAAACCCAGAGGGGAGUCAUCAUCAGGCGCCAGCGAAGGCUCCUCUGACUCCUCCCACUCGUCUCGCAGCGCUGCCGUUGACAACCUUCUGCUUAGCAACCUACUGGACUCGACCACUGUGGCCUCAGAGGGGGGUGCUGCUAGCACUACCACACCUCAACAGACCUCCCAGAGAACACUGGACCAUACCACUAGCAACGGUAACCCCCUUGUAGAGGGGACGGAGCAGAGAGUAGAGGCAGGAGGACCUCUCUCUCUGAUCAGGGGAAAUGGCAUGGUGGCUGUUGUACCGCCCACACACACACAGACAGACCCACAAACACAACAAGAUCUACACCCAGCUCCAGCACUAGAGAGACGCAGGGACCUCUCUCUCACCUCCCACCUGCCAGCAGAGCUCUCUGGGCUGGCCCGCUCUGAGUUCACCCCCCUCUGCUCGGACCAGGACUCUAGCCUGGCUCUGUCAGCCUGUAGAGUGUAUAAAGAGGAUGCCUUAGUGUUGCUGGUCUUCAUUUCCAACAACAAUGACUCAGCGCUCCACCAGAUGGCGCUGCAGCUCACCUGCAAAGAACUGGAGAUCUCCUGUAUCUCAGGUAGUCCGUUGAAGGAGGUUAAGGGUCACAGUGUGUCGGUUUGUCUGCACACUGUUGUCAUGAAGAGAGCCUCAGUCCAGGUGGAGCUGGCUGGGUUACUGUCCUACCAGAGACCCCUGGGCCAGCCCCAGGCAGCACAGUUCUCACUGAGCCUCUCUCUGAAACACUUCCUCAGGCCGUUGACUGUGUCCACAGGGGAUUAUGGGAAAAUGUGGUUGUCUUUCUCUCAUGACUUGAAGCAGAACCUUCGACUGGUAACAACAGAACACCAAGAACCUCUGACGGCCACACUGGACGCGCUGAAGGGCAAACUACACCUCCACGUUGUCGACAUCAUAGGGUCGGAGGGCAUCGUGGCGUGCCGGCUGCUUCAGGGUCCAGGUCAGGGUCAGCCAUGUCUGCUUCACUGUCGUGUCCACGCUGACUCUCUGGCCGUGUGGCUGCGCUCCCCUGUCCCUGAGCUGCCUGACUCCCUCCUCUACCACUGUCAGAAAGCCCUGACGGAGACCUGAGCCGGGGGGCCGUGUCUCAUUCCAGGGAGCCGGGGGGCCGUGUCUCAUUCCAGGAAGUUGUUCCCUUCCUUCCUUCUGCCUUCCUUCACCUCACUGAUCAUUUUUUUAAAAGUUAUAUGGCAGCGACUAAGGAUGCGCUUAGACAGGCAGCCCGAUUCUGAUUUAAAAAAAAUCACUAAUUGGUCUAAUCCAAUCAGCUCUGAAGAUCUGAUGUGAUUGAUUGGUCAAAAGACCAAUUAGUGGAGAGAAGAAAAAAAGAGAAUUGGACUGCCUGUCUUUGGUUUACACCUGACCAGUUGUUUGUCUCAUCGGUAAAGGAGAGUCGACAAGGACGAAGGGGAGGAAACCACUUUAUGGAAUGAAGUGCAGCCCUGCGCUCACAGGCCCCAAGCACCCUAACCCUAAGCACUGAGGGGCCCAACGGAAGUACAUAGAAUCUCCUCAUUGAAUCAAAUCACACAGAGACAUACAGUGGAAAGCAGCUGAUGUUAUGUGUCCUUGUCUUUGCAGUACAGCGUUUGCUAUAUAUUUUUCUCAACAGUGAUUUCACGUGGUUUUAUUUUUAUGCUCAUGUAUUUAAUGCGUUUUUAACGGGAACAUCUAAUUGUUCUUAUCGCGUCACAUAGCUCUUUGUGAAAACGUGAGCUGUGAACCUCAGAACGAACUCGAAGGAAAGCGUGUUCUGUAUUAGUUCAGUGGUCUCUCAGUUCUACCAGCUUUGACUUGACUUAAUAAGCUUCACUAUCUGUGUGAGAAGGAAGCCCAGGAAGCCCAGGAAGCCCAGGAGUCAUUGGAUUCUUGGCCAUGUUUCUCAUUUGAUCUUUUACCUGAUCAUUGGUCUUAUUGGUCUCCUUGACUGUUUCCCUCACUCCCUCCUCUCGCUCUCUUCCUCCUCUCUCUCUUUCUCCUCUCGCUCUCUUCCUCCUCUCUCCCGCUCUCUUCCUCCUUUCUCCCUCCUCUCUCCCUCCUCUCUUCCUCCUUUCUCCCUCCUCUCUUCCUCCUUUCUCCCUCCUCUCUUCCUCCUUUCUCCUCCUCUCUUCCUCCUUUCUCCCCCCUCUCUUCCUCCUCUCUCUCCUCCUUUCUCCCUCCUCUCUUCCUCCUUUCUCCCUCCUCUCUUCCUCCUUUCUCCCUCCUCUCUUCCUCCUUUCUCCCUCCUCUCUUCCUCCUUUCUCCUCUCUCUCUCCUCCUCUCGCUCUCUUCCUCCUCCCUCCUUUCUCCCUCCUCUCUCCCUCCUUUCUCCCUCCUCUCUCCCUCCUUUCUCCCUCCUCUCUCUCUCCUCUCGCCCUCCUCUCUCCCUCCUCUCUCCCUCCUUUCUCCCUCCUUUCUCCCUCCUCUCUCCCUCCUCUCUCCCUCCUCUCUCCCUCCUCUCUCCCUCCUUUCUCCCUCCUUUCUCCCUCCUUUCUCCCUCCUUUCUCCCUCCUCUCUCCCUCCUCUCUCCCUCCUUUCUCCCUCCUCUCUCCCUCCUUUCUCCCUCCUUUCUCCCUCCUCUCUUCCUCCUCUCUUCCUCCUUUCUCCCUCCUCUCUUCCUCCUUUCUCCCUCCUUUCUCCCUCCUCUCUUCCUCCUUUCUCCUCUCGCUCUCUUCCUCCUCUCUCCCUCCUUUCGCUCUCUUCUCUCGCUCUCUCCCUCCUUUCGCUCUCUUCUCUCGCUCUCUCCCUCCUUUCUCCCUCCUCUCUUCCUCCUUUCUCCUCUCUCUCUCCUCUCGCUUUCUUCCUCCUCUCUCCCUCUCUCCUCUCUCCCCCUCUCUUGUAGCUAUGACACUAGUUGAGCCGCUGUCGAAUGGCUCACUAAAGCUUCAGUAAUUAAUUACAUGAUCAAUAUUCAGAAAGGUGUUAUCAAGGCAAAAAUGUUUCAGUUUAACAGUACAUGUUAUACUGAACUGUCAUUGUCCUGCAUGUUACGUUCUCCAGACGCUGCAUCUAAUCUUUCAUGAUCUACUAACAGUAUGCAUUUGAUUGAUUUCCAAUACACAGGCAAGAGCUGAAACCCAGGAGUCAUCGAUGAUUAUAUUUUUAUAACAAUGCAGCAUUUCAAACUUAUUUAUUAGAUAUUCUUAUAGAAUAUAUUUGGUUUAUCUUGUAAAAUACAAGAUAAAAGAGCUUUAAGUCAAAACAUGUUUGCUUCAUGUGUUCCCCUCAGAUAUCAGUUAGUUAGUCUGUUCCACGACACACGUCCUCCUCAUGCUUGCUGUGCGCCAUAACCAGGGGACGAAGUUCAUCUGUUAGUUUUCAAUGAUAUUCAAUGUGUGUUCAGAUGCAAAUUAUUUUUUUUGCCUUUUCAUUUUGUAAAAUCUUGAGUGCUAAAAGUGGAUACAUUUUUCUGUAUGGAACUGAAGAAUUGUACGUAACUUGAAUGCUAACACAAAGAUAACCAACCAAAAACACCUUAUGUUCUGAUGCCAAGGAGACAUGUUCAUGUUGUGCCUGUAGUACAAAGAGACCAGUGUACUUUAGUGCCUGUCUGCAAUUCUGCUUACUUUAGUUAAUAAACCUGACAUUUAACCUUUUACUCGUCUAUUUAGGUAAUCAUUCAUUACUUUGAACAUGCAACACCAGUAGCCAUGUGAAAAGAAGUUGAAGAUUCAAGACUUGUAUAAAGAGUUGUUUGUAUCGUGUACAUAACUACUGUAACCAUUUACUCAGUAAAAUAAGAAUUGUGUAUAAAUAUCUUUGUAAAAACUAGAAAUUGUAAGUGUACAAUAAAACAAGAGUUUAUGCUUCA